AUGUCAAUCAGGCUUGGCCCUACUCGGGGCUCCCUGCGCGUCGCGCACAGCUUACCUCGAGCACUUCCGAGCUUCGCCUACUCGAUUAGAGGCUAUGCCAGCAACAGCUAUCCUCUAUUUGCAUUCACAUGGCUCACAAGGUCGCCGGACACUAUAACCACACAAGAUAUCUUAUCGUCCCUUCCAUCUUCUCCGACUCCGCUACUCGCCCCAAAUUCGGUCCCAUUACUCCUCGUCACCCCGAGUUUCGCACAUUGGCUUGACCCUUCGGAUAAAUUUCUCCCCCAAUUGAUGCGCCAGCUUCAUGGCAACGACUCAAACACCAAUAGUUUCUACUCCGUCGCCGCCGUAGUCGAUAAGAUCCCCGAGAGCUCUGCUUUGAACAAACUAGAGUCUGAAGGCUUGUCUCUUUUGGCUAUUGGCAAGGAGAACGUACAUGUAAAGGCUGUACCUCCUCGUCGUUUUGGAAGGCCUGCCAGUGAAGAGUCUGAUAUCCUGGUCUCGAUCAAGAAAGAACAAACAAGCCAAAGCCCUACAGGCGUGACUCAUGAAAUUGGCCUGCGUCUGGCGAAUACCGUGUUCGUCAAUGGCAAGGAAUCAACCCUACUUGGCAUGCAAUGGACCCGCGAUGGUACCACGAAUGCAUAUACCUUGGACAGUACGAUAGAUCUGACAAGUUGUGCUGUCACAUCUACAUCCUCUGCUGGUGCCAGCCCUAAUCUGGAACUGCCUCUCUAUCCUAUAGGUGAGAGGAGAAAGGUGAUCGCUAGCAUGGGGAACAUCCUACGGCAGAUUUCAAAAUCAUCAGACCCGAACUCACAGGAGCCCAUUCCCGCGUCCUCCGAGCUGGAGAAGGAUCUCCCUCGGUAUAUUAAAGAAUACAAUAUAACCGAUCAAAGGGUUUCCGUUUGGGCUCUAGUUGAAAACCCGGAUAUCCAGGUCGGAGAUCACAGCUUGCCAACACGGGACUACCUGAUCCAAUCACUACGUCAGGGUGGUAAACUGCACAGAGUCGUGAGCGGAGGUGGAGGAUGGGGCAAGAAGCAAGGCCUCCUUUCCCUGGACCCUGAGAUUAGCUUCUCAGGCUCUGUCCAGCGGGAUGCACUGAUUGGCCUAGAUCAACUCUUCAAUCCCAGUGCAAAGGUUGAAACGGAUCAACAACCAUUCCAUGCGAAUAGCUUGGUUGGAGACGACCUUUCCCUGCUGUCGCAGGUCGCAACAUCUGGUGAUUUCAUCCAAUUCUUCGUGUCGGUGGACCCGACAUCCAUGCCGGACGCUGUUCCAAGCGAUGCUUGCCUUUCAGAAGGUAACAUCACGUACCGCUUCGGAAUGCUCUCAAAUGCCGAGGAAAGAUCUUCAUUGGAAAUUAUGGAUGGAAACGAUAACAUCACUGUGGUGCCGAACUCAUUCGGGGCACUGUCUGAGAAGGCGAUUUCAUACACUCAACCCAUGGCGCGAGGUGGAGAAACUCCUGGAUCCAGUACUAAGCUGGAUAUCCCCGGAUGCCGGGUUGUUUUGGACUCUGUAUAA